AUGAUUCCUAUUAUGCAUAAAAAUAAAAAUGAUAUUGGGGCAAUUAUAAUUCAGGUCAAAAAUUAUAAGGAUAAGCAAUCCAAAAACACAAUGAGGAGAAAAGCUGGACCACCACUUUCACCAGAGAUUGUUUUCACUGAAGAGCUAGAAAAAUCAUAUGUGGAAGAACCUUUUAUUCAACCAUGUUUUUAUGAUGAGAAAAAAAUUAUCUUUGAUACUGAUCCAUCUAGAACAAUCACUACUCAUUCUUGGUCAACAUUUGAGCUACCUGAAAACAAACUUUAUAAUUGA